CAAAAAAAAAUUCAAGAAAAUAUUAAAAUAUUUCUGGUUAACGCAAUUAAUUGUAUGUUUUUAUUGCACAUGUAAUUAUAUAUUUUUAAUAUUAAAUAGUGGAUGAAUCUUUGAAUUAAUGUCAGAGUAUUGUACGAUCAGUUUUAUCGGUUGAGAAUAAUUUACGAGAUUUCGUAGCUUCGCAUUCCUUCGAUCCAAUCUUCUUCACGCUGUGACCUUAAAGUCGAGUGAAAGGGGGAACUGGUAGAGACAGCUACAAGGCAUACGUAUCCGUCUUCAGACAGUUACGUUUAGUUCCAAAAUGGCUGUGUUUUAUCGUAACUCCCGGCUCGUUGUCUACAGUGUUCGUUAACGGGCUAAUAGACCUCGAUCACGAAAAGACUGAACCAAAAUUAAAAGUGAAAUAGGAUGAAACUUCGAACAAAUGCCCAAGCAAUUGUCGUGAUUUUCUGCAUAAUUGCGCUUCAGGAAUGCGUUGGCAUUCUUCGAAGAUGCGUAAGCUGCAGAUCGAGGGGAGACUUGGGCUCAUGCAAGGAUCCUUUCACUAUGAAUUCUACGCAAAUCGCGGUCGAAAAAGGCAUCGAUGCGGUACCGUGCGUUUCUGGAUGGUGCGGAAAAAUCAUUGAGAGUCAAAAUUUAAAUAACGAAUAUGGUACUGCUACGCAAAGGUUGUGUUUCCAGCGAGGUCCAGACGACAAUGAGGAGAGAUGUGCUUAUACCGUGUGGAAUUACAAAAAAGUGUAUAUGUGUCUCUGUUACGGAGAUCUUUGUAACACGUCAAUGAGAACAACUGUUAGUGGCUUUUUAAUUAUGAUAGCUAUAUGCUUAACACAAUGGCUUAUUUGAGUACAUAUAUGAUACUUCGAUAAGACUAAAGUGAUUAGAUUUAAUGUGAGAUCUUUGUAAAAAAAAGUGAAAAUUUCUAUAAGAGCACUGAGGGACGUAUAUGUUAUGGAUAUGUAAAAUAAUGUGUUUAUAAGGCAUAUCAUAAGAUAAUCACAAGUAAGCCGUAUUUUAAUAUUAUAUGUAUUUUUAAAUAUAUCUUUUUAUCU